UUGACAUGAUUUAUGUACUUUAAAUGAGAUAAAAUCUCUCCAUAAUUGAUGUUUCCACAUUUGCCAGAGACAACAGUGAGAUUGCUGUGUUAAACCAUGACUGCUAACAAAGAAAAUGUUGUGUACGAUCUUGAUAGUGGAUUUAUUCCACAUACUUUAGUAACAGUGACAGGACAAGUCAAACCCAAUGCCCAAAGAUUUUCAGUCAAUUUUAAGAAGGAAAAUGAUGUAUUUCUCCAUUUUAACCCACGCUACUUUGAAGAUGUUAUAGUGCUGAACACAUGUGAGAAUGGAAGCUGGAAAUCUGAAGAAAGGGUUAAAGGAAACCCAAUAAAAAAAGGUAGCACAUUUAAGGUUGAGUUCCAAUGUGAGGAAAAUUUCUUCAAGAUAUUUUUGAAUGGUACAUUUUUGGUGGAAUUUAAGGCCCGGAUGCAUCCUAUCACAGCCCUUACAGCAAUCCACACCAGUGGAGAUGUUAUAAUAGAUGACAUUAGCCUCAAAGCCAUGUAAACUUGUGAUCCUAUAUGUUUAAAAACUUGCAAUAUGUUUAAAAACUGAAAAAUAUAUUAUGAAAAAAAA